AUGUGGCGGUUUACCUACAGAACUGCAGAUGGUGUCAUGGCGGCCUACGAGCAGGUUCAAAAGGGGCCCCUGAAACUGAAAGGCGUUGCAGAGCUCGGUGUGACCAAGCGGAAAAAGAAAAAGAAGGACAAAGACAAAGCGAAACUCCUGGAAGCAAUGGGAACGAGCAAGAAGAACGAGGAGGAGAAGCGGCGCGGCCUGGACAAGGGCACCCCGGCCCAGGCAGCCUUCGAGAAGAUGCAAGAGAAGCGGCAAAUGGAAAGGAUCCUGAAGAAAGCGUCUAAAACCCACAAGCAGAGAGUGGAGGAUUUCAACAGACACCUGGACACCCUCACGGAGCACUACGACAUUCCCAAAGUCAGCUGGACGAAGUAGCCUCCCCACCCGGGAUGUGGAGUGGCAUCACGGGCAGAUGGAGGGCAGAAUUGGGGCUAUGUUUGGUGCCUUUGGUAUUUUCUAGAAACAUCCUUUUACACACGCCCUUGUGGCUUCUGCUGAGACAAGUCCUUG